CAUUAACAAUUAUCACUUAAUAUAACUGGCUGUAUCAGAUAAAACAGAAACCCAGGUCAAACUCAGAUUUACAGUGAUCCGUGUGUCCUACAUACAGGUAGGCAUUACAUUUACCUGCUCCUAUCACACGCAUUUGAUGAUUUUCGACUCAGACCAUAGACAAAAUCACCGACCGUGACGCGUUUCAUAAGCAGUAGGAUCUACCGUUUACGCCAGUCUGCCGAGUUCUCGCGAGCGAGCCGGUGUGAAACACAUUUCAAGGAGUAUAAUUAUUUGUCUAGAAAUUCACUAUGGCACCAACAAAUGAGUCCAUGAUGGAAUUAAAAGCUGAGGUGGAAAUGUUGAAGGCCUGGCAGAGUUACACAAACGAUAAUAUGGAUCAGUUCUUUCUGGUCACAAUGGGAAUAAUUAUAUACCUGAUGCAGUGUGGGUUUGCCCUAUUGGAAGCUGGAUCUGUUCGAAGCAAGAACACAACAAACAUCCUCAUCAAAAAUCUGCUUGAUUCCUUUAUUUCUGGAUUUUUCUAUUGGCUGUUCGGGUAUGCAUUUGCGUUCGGUGGAGGGAAUGCGUUUAUAGGGACAGAGAACUUCGCCCAUAGCAAUCUAGAGGAAACUAUGUACGCCUAUUGGUUUUUCCACUUCGUGUUCGCGGCCACUGCCGCCACCAUAGUGUCUGGGGCUGUGGCUGAGAGGUGUGACUUCGUGGCAUAUCUCGUAUACAGUUCCCUCAUCACAGGUUUCAUAUAUCCCGUACUUUCUCACUGGGCGUGGUCGAGUGAGGGCUGGCUACUGAAGGGCUUUACGUAUACCGUCGACAAUGAGACAACGAUAGAGGUCUCAUAUAAUGAUUUUGCGGGAAGCGGAGUUGUGCAUAUGCUCGGUGGAAUUGCAGCCUUCUGUGGAGCCAAAAUAAUGGGUCCAAGGAUAGGAAGAUUCGAUAAGGAUACUGGUGCGCCUCUGGACAUCAAGGGUCACUCCGUUCCGUUGUCCGCCUUGGGUGGAUUUAUACUGCUUUUUGGAUUCUUCGCUUUUAACGGGUCGUCGCAAGGCGCCAUCUCUAAUGAGGGCGACGGAGCGGCCGUCGCUAUUGCUGUCAAAAACACCGUCAUGGCCGGAUCCUCUGGGGCGAUUGUAACGCUUGUAAUGAAUAAACUUCCGGCUAUCGGAGACAAAAAAUGGAGCUUCCUUACAACCCUGAACGGAGCCUUGACAGGAAUGGUGGCCGUAUGCGGACCAGCCAAUCAGAUCGAAACGUACGGAGCUCUGUGUGUUGGUGCUAUUGGUGGGUUGGCGUACAUGAUUACUACUUGGUUGGUGCUAUUCAAGUUCAAGGUCGAUGAUCCUUUGGAUGCAACUGCAGUACAUUUCGGUGGAGGCACCUGGGGAGUGAUCUCGGUAGCAUUUUUCUCAACAGACUUCGGCAUCCUGUACCAGUGGGACACACGCUCAGGACUGCACCUUGCCUGGCAGAUAGUAGGCAUAUUGGCCAUUGUUGCUUGGGGCGGUAUCCUGUGCUCGUUGAUGUUUUAUAUCCUGAAAUUACUAGGCCUCCUGAGAGUAUCAUUUGAAUAUGAAUUCAAAGGUUUGGACAUACCCAAACACGGCGAGCCUGCAUAUCCAGUGGAGUCAUACGGCCAUGGCUGGGAAGAGAAAGGAGACACACUUAGGUCUAUGAUCAAGGGUUCAACGACUGCCUUCUCCAAAACAAUCGCAGGGGAAAAGGGAGGCCUCCCGAUGACGAUGGAUGUGAAAGUCAAACGAGCAGGUGACAUAAAGAGCAUGGAAUCAAAUACAUCUCUAUCUUCAAUCAAGACUGACUCAACCCAGCUAUGAUCCCGAUGGCGAAUUAUCUCUCCUAAAACAUGCAAGUCACUAAAGUGCUGAAUACACCAGUGAAUAAGUUGAAUAUGGUCUACGUAAUUCUUUAGACUUUUCAAUCUCGAUUCAUACGUCUCUACAUCGGGAUCUUUAGCACCAAUCCGGAUUAUCUCCCUUCAAAAUGCAUACCUAUCUCAUCUUCUAAAAGUAGAUCAAAUAUAUUUAUAAGUUUUUACCUUUGCUAUUUCAUACCUAUUUUACAGGAUCAAUUUUUACAUGAUCAAUCUUAAUUUUAAAACAUGUUUGCGUUGAAUUAAUAUCACAAGGGAUGGUAACUGUUUUGAACAGACUACAAUUAUAUCUAUUUUGCUUAUGGUUAUGUUUUUCACGACAUGCAUUAAAGGUUUCAUUAACGCUAAAAGUAUGAAGAAUUUAUCAUAUUAUCAAAAAAAAUCCCAGGUCUGUUUUACCAACGUAUUCCAUGUGUGUCUUAUACGGUCCUUACAAUGAAACUGUAUUUCAGAUUAAAUUCAUAGUAAUAUCA